UCGAGAAUCAUUGUUAGAGAUAAUUUUUUCUAACCUUAAAAUAACGCAUUUCUGACACUGUAUAGUGGCUGGUAACUCAAAGAAAAAUUUAUAUGUUUGAAAUAGUAGUCAACGUUUCUAAAGGGUCUUUUUUCGCUGUUCUUCAAAUACUUUAAAGGUUAUCUAGGAUUAAUAAUAUAUUUUUAACUUUUAAGUUUUUGAAUACACCGCCAUUACUUACAUCAACAAAAAUUAAUAUUGAGAAGAGGGCAUGCAGAUCCGCCUUCGAAAACCCAGUAGUUAAGAUUGCCAUCAAUUAAUUCAUGAAACACGACAUUUAUCUCGUUAUUAUACUGUGAUCCAGUAGAAUACAAUAUGACUAAUUCGAAGAAUUUCAAGCUCCCUUCGGACGAAGAGUUAAAUACACAAGAAUUAAAUAUCAGUUGGCCUUAUAUUGCUGCCGCUGCUGUCUUUCUUGCAAAAAGAUGCGAAUGGUUUAAUAAUGAAUUUAUGCUAUGUAGAUAUGAAUUGAAAGAUCCUCGUAAAUGUCUGAAAGAAGGCAAAGAAGUAACCAAGUGUGCGAUAGAAGGAUUCCAGGACAUUAAGAAACAUUGUGGAAGCGAAUUCCAAGCACAUGUGGAUUGUGUUAUAGACACAUCUCCAACGGCAAGCAAUGAUGAACAGUGCAGUAAGACCAGACAGGUAUUUGAUGAUUGUAUGUUAAAAAACUUAAAAUUAGAACGACCACCUUUUGGAUAUUUUUGCGAAGCAAAAGUACAUGAUUCACCAAGACCAAAACCGCCACAAGAAAAACGAGAAUUUCCAGAUGCAGUGCCUCAGAUACCUACUCCACCCUAUCCCCCUCCAAAAUACAGUGGACGUAGUGGUUUCAAUGUAUAAUGUUAUUUAAUAUAAUUGCAAGUUUUGUAGUCUAAAUACACUACAAGUUUGGGAGAAUGAAUAUUGUCAUAUAAUUGGCUUGUAUUUGUUCUGUAUAGGAUUGUGAAUAAAUGCUUGCAAGCAACAUAAA